AUGAAGCUCAUACACAUCAUCUCUACCACGGGUCUCUUCAUCCUUGGCGCGACUGAAGCUUUGCGCAACGACACCAAUGUCAAGAGAGAGACUCCUGAGUGCCGCUGGCACCGCCGCAGCUUGAACGCUAGAUACGACAGCGAUGACGACUUCUGCUUUGGUCUACAACCUGCCGACGAUGCGCUCUGGCAUGCAGCAAAAUGCAAGGGCGGAAAACUACUCCUCGGGACCACGCAAAACGCUCCGGAAGCUGCACGAUUCGUGAAUCCCAUCAAUUCUCCCUGGGACGGCGAGAUGAGGGACGACCUCGCCAAGUGGGGUUGGAAAGAUGGAGUUACCGAUCCCGAUACAGAGUGCAAUAUGAAUUUCCUCAGGAGGAUUCUCAGUUACCUCGGAACCACUACAGGCAGCCACCUCUACGGCGGACCAAAUUAUUGCUUCUCCGUAAAGCAUUGCGACAGUGAUCGUAUGGAGAAGGAUGAAAAUGGAAACAUGUACCCCAGGAAAGAACAGUACUAUGACGUCGAUGGAUCCCCCAACGGCAGGGCAGCCGGAUUCUUCCUCGCCCAACACAAGCCCCAACUAAGUGGCAACCGCUGGGUCAAAACGAUCCGCGUUUUUCGGGUAGACGCAGACUCAUCAGCACCCCACAUUUUCUUCUUCGUCGGACCCGCGCCCUACCCACCACCGCAGGUACCGGAUGAUCUAACCGAUCCUCUUAUACCGCCACCAGCGCAAGCAGUAGAAGUGGCCAAGAGAGUUUCCGAUGAGAAGAACAUAGUCAGACAGCAUAUACUCCGGGCGAAGUUGUAA